GACAUUUAUUUUGACACACGGAAGUGGCCUAUCCGGAAGUUGUUCUGCAUAAGGUUGUUGUUCUGUCCUCCGAGAAAUUGAAAGUGUCAAAUAAGCUGGAGAUCUAAACUAAACGCAUAUCUGAAACAUUUACAGCUAUAAAACAUCUUCAGGAGGUGUUGUACACUGAGCCUGAUCUGGCGUACUCAUGGUUGAGCUAGAGAGUGUGGAUCGAACCUGACACAAGAUGGCCUGUGUAGAUGAACCUCCAGAGAAGCACUGCUGGGUGUGUUUUGCUACGGAGAAGGAGGACCGAGCUGCAGAAUGGGUUAGCCCAUGCCGGUGUAAGGGCUGCACCAAGUGGAUCCAUCAGUCCUGCUUACAGCGAUGGCUGGAUGAAAAACAGAAGGGAAACAGCGGAGGAGCCGUCAGCUGCCCACAAUGUGGCACUGAAUACCGGAUAGUUUUCCCCAAAAUGGGGCCUCUGGUGUACUUCCUCCAGCAGGUCGACAGAGCUCUGUCCAGGGCCAGUCCGUUCGCCGCAGCAGGAGUCGUGGUGGGCACCGUCUAUUGGUCGGCAGUCACUUACGGUGCCGUCACAGUUAUGCAGGUGGUGGGCCAUAAGAAAGGUCUGGAUGUGAUGGAGCGUGCAGAUCCUCUCUUCUUACUCAUGGGUUUACCCACCAUCCCCGUCAUGCUGGUGCUGGGGAAGAUGAUUCGCUGGGAGGAUUACGUGGUGCGGCUUUGGCAAAGACACUCUUCUAAGCUUCAGAUCUUCAGUGGGCUUGUACCUGGUAUGGGCCGUCCUCUGCCCCGCAUCCCAGCCGAGGGUAGUUACGGAGGAGAUCAUCUCUCUGUAUCUCGCACCCUGUGCGGCGCCCUCAUCUUCCCCUCCAUCGCCAAUCUGGUGGGACGCCUCCUGUUCCGCAAGGUCACGUCAAACCUGCAGCGCACCAUCCUGGGUGGCAUUGCUUUUGUGGUGAUCAAGGGAGUGCUGAAAGUAUAUUUCAAGCAGCAGCAGUACCUCAUCCAGGCUAACAGACACAUCCUGAACUACCCAGAGCCCGAGGGACGAGCAGACGGCACUUUUGAGGACGACAACGAAGACAGUAGCAACGAAUGAAGACGAUGCUCUUGAGGAAAUCAACAAAUGCACUGUAGUAUAGGAUUCUCAGUAUAAAGAAAGACAUAUUUACAGAUGUUUAAAGACGUAAUUUCUCAGCUUUACGUGGCUCUAAAUCAGCACAAACACAUAUUUGCUAUGUGUUACUAAACUGCAAGGAAGAUGGAAUUCUUUCGUCGGUGAGGAAUGUCUGUUGGGGUGUUAAAAGUGCCUGUAAUAGCAAAACACACCAGUAGAUGGCGCCAAAUGCAAAGCUGGUACCUGCACUGUGCACUGAUGUCUCUGAUGAAGACAUUGUCAUUUAGGCUGCAAAUGUACCAGCACAAUCAUGUAAGCAGUUUGGGAAUGAGUUAAUUGAUUCUGAUUGAAGAUGCACUGGCUCUUUAAUGACAAAUAAAGGAUGAUAAACACACAAA